GUUUAGCGAUCGCGAUCGCUUAAUUCAGUUACCCUUACAUGUCCUGCACGUGAAUGCACACGGGCAUGCAGCUUUACUGUUAACUAUCUGCCGCUGCAUUCUCGUCUUUUCCGCUCUGCUUUUUAUUUGCGCCGCGAAAUAGCGGAUGAGUCGCGUCCGCACCAUAGAUAUUCUGUUACUAGAUAUCGUUGAUUCUCGAGGUAGUUAGCUAACGCUAGACUCUUUUCCCUGCUGCUACUAGGUUCUCCUUCUCCUCCUGAGGGUCCUCGACCGCUCUCCAAGGUUCGAACCACGUUCGUAGCGAUUGAGAAAGACGGCCGAGUAGGAUUGAGGAGAGAUUACGGCGGCGAAUCUGGCUUAACGAGCCCGAGACUCAGCAACAGCAGCAGCGAAACGUUUCCGCUGCGUCCAUCAAUUGAGAAACCAGAGGUGCCCGUCAACAACAUGGCCAACAGUGCUUCUUCUGUCACGACAAGUCUCAGCCAGCAAGCUAUUUCUGAGCUGGAAAAGGUAGAGCCGGUCGUCAAAUCGGCUCUAAAGAAGGAGUCCCCGAGUCCUCGCCUCGCACCGAACCCGAGUCCGGACAAAGUCCCAGAUGAGGAGCCUGGAACCAAAUUGCCCCCAGGAAACCCGACGGACAGGUCAGCAGCACAGGUAGAUGAGAGCCCACCUACUUCCGGGCCUUCGAGUGUACCCUCACGUGCCAGUUCCGCGACGAGAACCACAAAGGCCAAGGCCGCCACGACGGUCAAGCAUAUUCCUAAAGCUGCUCCUAUUUCAACGACCGCUAAGCCCGUAUCGAAGGCUCCCAAGUCACCUAACACUGCUAGACCAGUCACUACUAAACCUGCUAGUGGCGCUGCGAAGACUCUCGCCCACGGCUCGAGCUUAGUCCCCCCCAAGAAGACCCUCCCUGUGCCGUCUAAGGAUCACGAUGCUCCGAAGAAGACCGCGGUCGCCGCCGCCCCCACAAAGACCGCUGCUCCUACCAAGAAGCCGGCGCCCAUUGAGCUCGCCCCGCCUGCUACUGGACUUGCAAAGCCGAAGCCCAAGUCGCCCACCCGGCCCGUCAAGCUUGCCUCCUCCUUGGCGCCGCAUACUGCCUCCGCUUCGAAGACCGGGAGCAGCAGCAGCACCUCUCACCCCCCCAGGCAGUCCCUAUCCCGGGCCUCUGCCUACAACCUUAGUGUGGCCCCUACUGCUCACAGGUCGCCUAGCAGAGGAAGCGUUUCGACCGUCGGCGCCGCAACACAUGGUAAGACCCUGAGACGUCAAAGUUCGACUAUCAGCAGACCCCGUCCCAGCCUCGGACCUCCUCCGAAACAGCCGGCUCGGGACCACCCAGUCGCUAAGAAAGAAGGUCACGUUGACGAAAGUUUCCUAGCUCGGAUGACGCGGCCUACCCAGAGCAGUUCCAGCAAGGCGUCCGAGAAGGUGCCCGUCACACCCCCGCGGAAGCCGGUCGGCCAGAAGAAGCCCGUAGCAAAGGAUGCGGAAGCCGGUACGAAGAAGGCGUCGACAAAGCUCCAAGCUGCGACCAACAAAACCAAAGCGCCAGCACAGCGUGCUAAGCCGGCUAACAAGGAGGUCACCCCCGUCAAGGAGGCUGCGCCUGUCGCUGCUCCAGUUGAGACGCCCGAGGCAGCCGUCGAGAUGGCCGCUAUUUCUACCGAAGCCAUCGCCGCGCCGGUUGCCGAGGAAGUAAAGCAGGAUGUCGUCGCUGAGCCUGCCGCGGCUGUCCCCGUUGAGAGCAAGGAAGAAGUUGUCGAGAAGGCCGAGACUGCCGAAGACGUUGCUCAGGUCGCUGUAGAAGAGCCUGUCGACGAUAAGGCUGCGGAGCCCGCUCUAGGUGGUGACGAGUCUCAACCGGCACAGGAGGUGCAGUCUGCCGCUCCCACGCAGAGCUCCGAGCUCGGAACUGAGGAUGAGUCGGAGUUGUCCAAGGAGGAACCCCAGGAGGCGGAAGAGGUCAAGGCGCUCGAGGCGAAGUCGGAGGUACCCGUUGAGUCUGCCUAGAUGUGCAAGGGCGUCGUGGCAAUGCAGAGUUGUAGUAAUAAACCGGUUCCUGACCUCGGAAGGGCAUUGUUAACAGAAGGCCGAGGCCGUAGAGGAUAUGACAGCCAAAAAAAAACGAGGAGUAUUCGUGAGAAGAGUUUAUACGUUGGUUUGUAUUUGGAGAGGCGCAGAUGAUACUUUUAUUCCCCCGAGGAGAAGGAAAAGAAACGGCCGUGUGGAGCAGAUUGGGAUGGGUCUCUGCUCCUGUUCUAUGACAUUUUCCCCUUUUCACUCCCUCUGAUCCUCGUGUAUGAAGAAGAUGCAUGGCUUGCAUUGGUAUGGAGUUUUCGAGGCGCGCAGAUGCCUGCGGGAGGAGGGAGGGAGGGCUGGGAAGGGGAUGUCGGUUGCGAACCAUCA